GACCAGUCUUCGGCCGUUUUGCCGCAGAUCCGUGGCAAGGAUUUGCUGGCGAAGCGAUAUUCUUCGAGCGACACUAUGUCUGAGCCCUGGACAUCCUCAGACCACCCAAUGGCGAUGCUCCUUCUCGAUCUUCUGGACGACGGCAUGGAGGUCUUCUUCGACCGAUUCAUCAGAGUCCUCCUGAGCUUCGUCAUCAGCCAGCAGCAGCGUCAUGAAAGACCAAAAGGCGUCACUGGCGCAGCCUGCUUCGAAACAGCCUGCAGCUUCAGUGCAUCCAGGUCCUCCAUUGCACAGUCUGGCACUACGUGCUGUGGCUCAAUGGCGGUGUCCUCAAGGACUGUCCUGCAAAGCCGGUUCAUGCCGAAUGCGUUUGCACUUUCGCUGCUCAAUCCAAGGAGCAUCAUCAACGAUGCUGACUCCAUGGCCAUGGCGAGAGGUCUCGAUCUUCAAGCUUGGCCAGCAUACCUCAGCACGAGAGGAUCCAAUGGCUGCUGCGGCAAAGCGGGCAUAGCUGAUGCAGGAAUUGCCAUCAAAUUUCAGCCAGUGCGACAUCAACAUAGAGGACGCAGUGCCAUCCCAUUGCACAAGAUGAAGCAGUGA